AUGACUUCACAUCAGUUUGAGUCCUUCAGUGUUCGUUUCACUGGGAAAAAUUAUUCUGCUUGGGAAUUUCAGUUUCAAUUAUUUGUCACGGGAAAAGAAUUAUGGGGCCAUAUAGAUGGAAGUGAUCCUGCUCCUACUGAUCUUACAAAGUUAGGUCAGUGGAAGGUCAAAGAUGCUCGGGUGAUGACAUGGAUUUUAGGGUCAAUUGACCCUCUUAUUGUUCUUAAUCUCAGGCCGUACAAGACUGCAAAGGCCAUGUGGGAUUAUUUACAAAAGGUUUACAAUCAAGACAAUAGCGCAAAACGAUUUCAGCUAGAGCACGAAAUCGCUAAUUACUCUCAAGGAGGUCUCUCUGUUCAGGAUUAUUUUUCUGGAUUUCAGAACUUAUGGGCUGAAUUUACUGAUAUUGUUUAUGCUAAAAUACCUGCUGAAUCUCUAUCUAUAAUUCAAGCAGUUCAUGAGCAAAGCAAGCGAGACCAAUUUUUGAUGAAAUUGCGAUCUGAUUUUGAGAGUGUUCGCUCUAACUUAAUGAAUCGUGACCCGCCUCCCUCCUUGGAUGUUUGUUUUAGGGAAUUACUUCGUGAAGAGCAGCGUCUUUUCACACAAAAUGCUUUCAAGCAAGAAAGUGUUCAUACUGUUGCAUUUGCUGCUCAAGGAAAAAGAACGGCAGGGAUAUGA